AUGCUGUUCUGGCACACGCAGCCCGAGCACUACAACCAGCACAACUCCAGCAGCUACCUGCGUGAUGUGCUCGCUCUGCCCAUCUUCAAGCAGGAGGAGCCCCAGCUCUCCCCUGAGAAUGAUGCCCGCCUGCCACCCCUGCAGUACGUGCUGUGCGCUGCCACGUCCCCAGCUGUGAAGCUGCAUGAAGAGACACUGACCUACCUCAACCAAGGUCAGUCUUAUGAAAUUCGUCUGUUGGAGAAUCGGAAGCUGGGAGACUUUCAAGAUCUGAGCACAAAAUAUGUCAAGAGCAUCAUCCGCGUGGUUUUCCAUGAUCGCCGGCUGCAGUACACGGAGCACCAGCAGCUGGAGGGCUGGCGGUGGAGCCGGCCCGGGGACAGGAUCUUGGACAUAGAUAUUCCACUGUCUGUUGGUAUCUUGGACCCCAGGGCCAGCCCGACCCAGCUGAAUGCAGUCGAGUUUUUGUGGGACCCUUCGAAGAGAGCCUCCGCAUUCAUUCAGGUGCACUGUAUCAGCACAGAGUUCACCCCGAGGAAGCACGGGGGUGAGAAGGGAGUGCCUUUUCGAGUGCAGAUUGAUACAUUUAAGCAGAACGAGAAUGGGGAGUACACCGAGCACUUGCACUCCGCCAGCUGCCAGAUCAAGGUGUUCAAGCCAAAGGGAGCUGACCGGAAACAAAAGACGGACAGGGAGAAGAUGGAGAAGAGAACUGCCCAAGAGAAGGAGAAGUACCAGCCGUCCUAUGAAACCACCAUUCUCACCGAGUGCUCUCCAUGGCCCGACAUGGCCUACCAGGUGAACAGCGCUCCAUCCCCAAGCUACAACGGCUCUCCAAACAGCUUCAGCCUAGGAGAAGGCAACAGCUCGCCGGCCCAUCCCCACCUGGCAGAGGCCCUGCCCGUGAGCAGUGACCACCUGCUCCCGUCAGCAUCGAUCCAGGACGCCCAGCAGUGGCUCCACCGCAACAGGUUCUCACAGUUCUGCCGGCUCUUUGCUAGCUUCUCAGGUGCUGACUUGCUGAAGAUGUCUCGCGAUGAUUUGGUCCAGAUCUGUGGCCCUGCGGAUGGGAUCCGGCUCUUCAAUGCCAUCAAAGGCAGGAAUGUGAGGCCGAAGAUGACCAUUUAUGUCUGUCAGGAGCUAGAGCAGAACCAAGUGCCUCUACAGCAGAAGCGAGAUGGCAGUGGAGACAGCAGUCUGUGUGUGUACCAUGCCCUCUUCCUGGAAGAGCUGACUGCCUUGGAGCUGAUUGAGAAGAUCGCCAGCCUGUACAGCAUCUCUCCACAGCACAUCCACCGGGUGUACCGGCAGGGGCCCACGGGCAUCCACGUGCUGGUCAGCAAUGAGAUGGUGCAGAAUUUCCAAGAUGAAUCCUGUUUUAUUCUCAGUACCUUAAAAGCUGAGAGCAGUGAUGGCUACCACAUCAUCCUGAAAUGUGGCCUCUGAGCAGAAGUACAGCAGGCAGCUGCCUCCUCUUCCCAGCCCCUUGGAUGUAGAAAUUGCACCACUGUAAGCUGCAGCCUCCUCUGGCAAGCUGUGGCUACGAGUGACCUUGCUUGGUCUAUGAAAGCCACAGACCAACGACUGGCAGAAACCUGCAGAUGCAGAGUCUCUGGCACGGAGAAAGCCAGUAGCUCCUCUGUUCUUUCCACUUGGCCUCCAGCUUUUGAACAGUUCCUUGGUCUUUUCCCCAGCCCUGCCAUUCUAAAGAGGCAAACAGUGGGGCAUCUUCUCUGGAAUCCCUUCCUCCCUUAAUUGGAAGCUAGUUCACUAGGUAUCUUGGUGCCCUCUGUAGUGAUUCCUUCUGACCACUCUCCUGCCUUCAGACAAAGCUCUGCCUCACCCCGAACCUUCACCUUCUCUGGUAACUGAGGCUCCGUGACCAAGACUGCUGACUAGAUGGGGGCUGUUUGCCUCCGUCGUGUUGGUUUCCCCGCCCAAUGACUCCGCAGGUGAGCGUCCAUCUGUCCUGUCCUUGGAUGGACUGAUGGGAGUGGAACAUGCUGUGCCUUCUUCUUUCACCUUUACCUUGUUUCUAAGGAUCUGCUACUGCAGAGCCCAGACAUGGGCUCAUCUCUCUGCACUGGUGUGGUGGACACCACACUGUACAAGUAGGACCUGCCACACAGACCUGUUCUGAGGCCCUUGGGAGAGAGGCGGGGAAGAUAG